AUGGCCGUGUUAAGAUCCCUACGCUGGAAGACCGGCGACGAAGAGAACGGCACCAGGGCCAGCCGUACAAUGCAGACUGGUCCUGAUGCCGAUGGCGAGCCGAGGCCUCAGAAGCGUUCAUCAAGCCAGAGCCGCCUAGGGAAUGCGACCCUGCCGAUCCAAUAUCGCAGCAUCUCGUUCGAGAUUGACGACGCUGAGAGGAACCAUCAUCACGCGCAGUCCAAGUCCAAGGCCAAGGAUGCAGUCGUUUUGAAAUUUGAAACCAUCGAAUGGCACAAGCUGCGAAUCGAAGAAGUUCAGAAACGCCUUCAAGUCGACAUGGCUCAUGGCCUGUCGACUCGAGACGCCGACGAUCGGUUACGAAAGCAAGGCAAAAACAAGAUCUCUCCUCUCCCGAACCCCUUGUUCUGGAAGAUAUUCGGAUACUUCUUCAAAGGUUUUGGAGGCAUCCUUUGUGUUGGAGGCAUUCUCGUCUUCAUCUCGUGGAAGCCUCUGGGAGAUCCUCCAGCCAUCGCAAACCUCGCCUUGGGUAUAGUCCUCGUGGCAGUCUUUGUCAUUCAGGCGGCCUUCAAUGGGUGGCAAGACUGGUCUUCGUCUCGUGUUAUGCAGUCCAUCACCGAGAUGCUUCCCGAGUCAUGUGUUCUUCUUCGCGAUGGUGCCAGGGUUGAAGUCAGCGCUACCGACGUUGUUACUGGCGAUGUCAUCUUUAUCAAGGCUGGAAACAGGAUCCCCGCCGACGUUCGCUACCUCCAAGUCUCUCACGAUACGUCGGUUGACCGGGCUGUUUUGACUGGUGAAUCGAAGCCAAUUAAGGCUACUGUUGACUCAACUGACGACAACUACCUCGAAACACACUGCAUUGGCCUUCAAGGCACGCAUUGUGUUUCUGGCAGCGCGCUCGGUGUUGUCGUCUCCACUGGUGAUGCGACUGUCUUUGGCCAAAUCGCGAAACUGACGGGCGAACCCAAGACGGGGCUAACGACGAUGGAAAAGGACAUAUUUCGCUUUGUCUUGCUCAUCGUUCUUAUCAUGGUGUCGUGGAUCAUUAUUCUGGUGGCCGUCUGGGCUGGAUGGCUGCGCAAGUCUCACCCUGGCUGGAUCGACGUAUCUGCUCUCAUCGUGAGCUGUGUCAGUGUUGCAAUUGCCUACAUCCCCGAAGGGCUUCCAAUCGCCGUCACGUCUAGCUUGACUAUUACGGCGAACCUGAUGAAGAAGAAUAAGAUUCUUUGCAUCCAUCAAAUCCGAGCCGUAGCAGGACUCUGCAACUCUGCCGAGUUCGACCCCGAGUCUGAGAAAGAGGCUUUGGCGGAUCGGCACAUCUUUGGAGAUGCCACAGAUCAGGCAGCCUUGAGGCUCUCGGAAGGGUUUGGUCCCGUCUCAGAGUUACGCAAGGACUGGUCGAGCGUUUUUGAACUAUCUUUCAACAGCAAGAACAAGUUCAUGGCAAAGGCAUUUACUGCGUCCAAGAAGCAGGAUGUUGAUAUUUGUCUUGGCGUGUCAGGGGCAAAAGAGUUCACGACUGGCAGCGUGCUACUGACAAUCAAGGGUGCUCCGGAUAUUUUACUCGGACGAUGCACCAGCAUGGUUCAACCGGAUGGCUCUGUGGCCACCCUGACUGAGGAUGGAGCCACGGCGGUGAAGCAACUCAAAGAUCAGUGGUCCUCUAACGGCAAGCGCGUGAUUCUACUCGCCCGUAAGAUGCUCGGCGCCGAUAGGAUCCUCCCUGAUCCAUCAUUACCCGAAUUUGACACUCAAAUGAUGCACGAACUUCAGUCUGGCUUGACACUUGUUUCCCUCCUAGCCAUGAUCGACCCACCUCGUCCUGAGAUGCCUGAAGUCAUCGCUACGCUGCGUGGAGCUGGAAUUCGUACCUUUAUGGUCACUGGCGACUUUGGACUUACAGCCUUGGCUAUCGCUCGCCAGUGCGGCAUGGUUACUGCUCAAGUCGUCCACGAUGCAUCCUCCCUUGUGAGAUUCCCAACAGAAGGCGCAGACAACACGAAACCACCACGAGAUGCCGCGCUCCUCCUAUCUGGAGCAGACUUAAUGAGUCUCAAUGAACAUCAGUGGGAGCAGCUCUGCAGAUAUCAUGAAAUCGUCUUUUCCCGCACAACCCCUGACCAGAAACUACGCAUAGUCCGCGAGUUCCAGGCAAGGAAGCAGGUUGUGGGCAUGACCGGUGACGGAGUCAAUGACGCACCAGCUCUUAAGGCUGCAGAUGUCGGCAUCAGUCUCACCAGUGGUUCCGACAUCGCUAUCGAAGCGGCCGACAUGGUACUGCUGGAGUCGUUUUCUGCCAUUGUUGAGGCUGUCAGAUUUGGGCGGGUUGUCUUUGAUAACCUCAAGAAGGUCAUUGCCUACCUGCUUCCUGCCGGCUCAUUCUCCGAGUUUUGGCCAGUCUUCACCAACGUGGUCUUUGGGCUUCCUCAAAUUUUAUCCUCUUUCCUUAUGAUCAUCAUAUGUUGCUUCACUGAUUGCGCCGGCGCCAUCGUCUUAGCCUACGAAAAACCUGAAGCUGACGUCCUAUUCCGACCUCCACGAAACCCAAGCAAGACACAUCUCGUCAACUGGCAGCUCAUUUUCCAUGCCUACGCCUUUGUUGGCGUGAUCGAGAGUGUCUGCUCGUUUGCCAUGGCGUACUGGUACCUCGAACGAAAAGGCAUCCCUUUCUCGGACCUUUGGUUCAAGUUUGGCGAGAUUCCUACGCAUCUUGACCCAGAUUACUACAAUGCUCGGUUGAAUGAGGCCAGCUCGAUUUACUUUAUGAACCUUGUCGUUAUGCAAUGGUUCAACCUCAUGGCGGUUCGCAACAGACACCUGUCCAUCUUUCAGCAUCCACCCGUGUUCAACAAGCGCACGCAGAAUCUGCUUCUCUUUCCUGCAAUCCUAUUUACCCUGGGUGUUGCCGUCAUUUGGUUAUACAUCCCAAGUCUGCAAGACGUUUUGAGUACCGCUGGCGUUCCGGUUGAGCAUUACUUCUACCCCGCGGCUCUUGGAUUCGGUCUUUUCUGUCUGGAUGAGGGUAGGAAGGCAUGUGUCCGUCGCUGGCCAAACUCGAUGUUGGCCCGGAUGGCUUGGUAA